GUUAUUCAAACUGACCUGUUCAUUUAUCGAGAAGGACUAUAUAUUCGGAGGUAUUUCCAAAAUAUGGACAAGAUUCUAACAUCUUUGUUCGUUAUUUCUGCAUCUUAUUCCAUUGUGAAUGGACUCACGUGUUAUGAUUGCACAGAUGCCCUUGGCUUGGUGUCCACGUGUGGAAGUAACUUCAUUGGUAAUGAUAUCAAUGAAGUAAACUGUAGCACGUCCUGCUAUAAUACUAAAACAGAAGUGCAGGUCCUUGGAGCUUCAACGAUAGUUUAUACUCGUGGCUGCGAUUCAACUACACAUAACAUGGUUUGUGAAGAGACUGGGGGAUUCGUUUUCGGUACGGGCUCUGUUAUAAAUACGUGCCACUGCUCAACAGACCUGUGCAAUAAUGCUCUUUUCAAUACUGGAUCAGUACUCAUUACGAUCUGUGCGUUCAUCAUGACCAAGCUCUAGAAUCAACUAUUGAGAGACAGUUAUUAAUUCAAAUGCGUGUCCAUGACGUGCCUACUACUUUGGGGACAAGCAUACUUAAUGACAUUCAGGUUAAUGAGCUAGAUAAUUACUCAUUCUAGGCGCUGUAACUUAUGCCUUGGUCACAUUUGCUCCGAUGUUCACUACGGCGCCCGGCCGAUUGAGUAUUUUGUUCACAAUUGAAUACAAUAUUGAACAAAACAAUCAAUCGGCCGGGCGCCAGCCGAUGGAUCAGAGCAAAUGUGACCCAGGCAUUACACAUUUUCGCCUUCGACUUGAUAUAAAGAGGUAGUGUAGCAACUGAAACCCUUGUGAAUCAAAGAUGGACGCUCUGCGAUUUAGCAACACUGUCCAAUGUAGCAUCUUCUGAGAAAUGUGAUUAUGCUGGGAUAAGGUUGAAACUUGAUCUGAUUGCAACAAUUUUGUACACAUAUGAUUGAUUGAUCUUGAUACGAAUGUUUAUAUGAAUGGAAUAAAUUGGUGGAAU